CCGCCCCCCGCGUCUAGCCUCCCGCGCGCGCGGCUGAGUGCUGGCUGGAAUGCUAGCUGCGGUCCCUCCAAGCCGCGCGAUGAGCAAGUGGAGCGUCGGGCGAAAGCCCAGCCGCACACUCGGACUCCUGCUGCUGGUGAUCUUGAGUUACCUGGUGCUCCGCAGGAUUUACAGGUGAUAUAGGGAUGCCUUCUGGCAUGGAAAGAACCAUUUCAGACCUGCUUCAAUGAGCAUACUUCAUUCAAGAUCAUUCAAGUAAGCUACCGGAUCUGGCUCUUCUCCUACCCCACCCUGAAGACUCUCUCUGAGAUCUGAGAAUCAAUUCAGGGACCCAUUUCACAUGAAAGAAAUUGUAUUUGCACCUCAAGCCGGGCAGCUGUGACCACAGUGUGGCUCAGAGGUUGGACUGGUAUAAUCUGGUCCCUGCAUGGCUGAGACACCGGCAAUCAGGGCUGCAGGCCAACGGCCAACACUUCAUGCUGGAGGACUCCACCUUCUGGAUCUUUGGGGGCUCUGUGCACUAUUUCCGGGUGCCCAAGGAAUACUGGAGGGACCGCUUGCUGAAGAUGAAAGCCUGUGGCUUGAAUACCCUCACCACCUAUGUUCCAUGGAAUCUCCACGAGCCAGAAAGAGGCAAAUUUGACUUCUCUGGGAACCUGGACCUGGAAGCUGCUGACACUGACCUCCCUAGGGCCUUUGUGCUGAUGGCUGCAGAGAUCGGGUUGUGGGUGAUUCUGCGUCCAGGCCCCUACAUCUGCAGUGAGAUCGACCUCGGGGGCUUGCCCAGCUGGUUACUCCAAGACUCUGGCAUGAGGCUGAGAACAACUUACAAGGGCUUCACCGAAGCAGUGGACCUUUAUUUUGAUCACCUGAUGUCCAGGGUGGUGCCACUCCAGUACAAGCAUGGAGGCCCCAUCAUUGCUGUGCAGGUGGAGAAUGAAUAUGGUUCCUAUAACAGAGACCCCGCCUAUAUGCCUUACAUCAAGAAGGCCUUGGAAGACCGGGGUAUUGUGGAAUUGCUCUUGACUUCAGACAACAAGGACGGCCUGCAAAAGGGAGUCAUGGAUGGAGUGCUGGCCACCAUCAACUUGCAGUCACAGCAUGAGUUGCAGUUAUUAACCAACUUUCUCUUAAGUGUCCAGAGGGUUCAGCCCAAGAUGGUGAUGGAGUACUGGACCGGGUGGUUUGACUCGUGGGGAGGCCCACACAACAUCCUGGAUUCUUCUGAGGUUUUAAAAACAGUGUCUGCCAUUCUCGAUGCUGGCUUCUCCAUCAACCUCUACAUGUUCCAUGGAGGCACCAACUUUGGCUUCAUAAAUGGAGCCAUGCAUUUUCAUGACUAUAAGUCUGAUGUCACCAGCUAUGACUACGAUGCUGUGCUGACAGAGGCGGGGGAUUACACAGCUAAAUACUUCAAGCUCCGAAGUUUCUUUGGCUCCAUCUCAGGUGUUCCUCUCCCUCCCCAGCCUGACCUUCUUCCCAAGAUUGCAUAUGAGCCCUUGAGCCUGAAUUUUUACCUGUCACUGUGGGACGCCCUGCAGUACAUGGAGGAGCCAGUCAAUUCUGAAAAACCAGUCAAUAUGGAGAACCUGCCAAUAAACAAUGGAAAUGGACAGUCAUUUGGGUACACUCUGUAUGAGACUACCAUUGCGUCAUCAGGUGUCCUUAGUGGUCUUGUGCGUGACCGGGGACAGGUAUUUGUGAACACAGUGUCUAUAGGAUUCUUGGACUAUGAAAAGAAGAAGAUCGUUAUUCCCUUGAUCCAGGGUUACACCAGGCUGAGGAUCUUGGUGGAGAAUCGUGGGCGAGUCAACUACGGGGAUAAUAUUGAUGACCAGCGCAAAGGUUUAAUUGGAAAUAUCUAUCUGAAUGAUUCUCCCUUGAAAAAAUUCAGAAUCUACAGCUUGGAUAUGAAAAAGAGCUUCUUUCAGAGGUUCAGCGUCGACAAAUGGAGCCCUAUCCCUGCAGUACCUACGUUCCCUGCUUUCUUUUUGGGUGUCUUGUCAAUUUCCCUUUCCCCUUUUGACACCUUCAUGAAGCUGGAGGGCUGGGAGAAGGGGGUUGUAUUCAUCAAUGGCCAAAACCUUGGACGCUACUGGAACAUCGGACCCCAGGAGACCCUCUACCUCCCAGGUGCCUGGUUGGAUCAAGGCAUCAACCAGGUCAUUGUUUUCGAGGAGAAGAUGGCAGGCCCUGUGAUACAGUUCACUGAAACACCCCACCUAGGCAGGAACCAAUACCUUGAUUGAGCAGCACCGCUCCUGCACCCCCUGGAAACAGGAGAGCACCACUGUCCUCCCAGCUGAGCAAGGCCUGGUGCUCUGCUCCCUGACACUCUCCCAUGUGGGAGAGUUUCCUUAAGUAACAUUCUCAGGCAGCCACGGGGGCUACAGCUCUGCCCCCUACUUUAAUUCAAGGCCCUAAACUUGGAAGAACUGAAGAAGAGAAGUGGAAUAGGAGGGAGGGACCCUCUUCUUACCUAAGUGGCUUCUUGACUGGGCUUUGUUGAUGACAUCUUUCUACUUUCCUGCUCUUUGGGAGAGGACAGAGGGAUGUCUCUCUCGGGGGUGGGAAUGUCUCAUCAUAUCUCCACGUGAUGAGGUUUGCUUCUAUGAUGUUCUCACCUGCACUCAGCAUGGCCCUCAUGGCCCCUUUUCAUUUCUGAAAUAGAAGGUUUGUCACCAUUUGUAUAGAAUGGGGAAGGGGGUGGAUGUCUCACCUCUCUCUGGGAUUCUGGAAGAAGCUCCAUUUGAGAGACACACACUUCUUCUUUUCCUUUCCACUUUAACUGCAUCUGACAGGAUGACAAGCCAAGCUUAGGAGAAACAGAAAUACUCAGCCUGAAUUAGAGAAUAUUUCUGGUCUUACUUGAUGAGAAGGAACAUCAGCUGAGGAGGGAAUGCAGGCCCUAGAAGAAACCACACCCCAAUAUGAGUGCCCAGCUCCAGUGGCUUGGGCAGGGAGCCUCCCUGCUAUGUUGGUGUAACCACGGGGCCUGCAAGCCUAGACCAGACCUUGCUUCUGGCUCAGUCUCUCCUUCAAUCCUUGUAACUAAGCAGGAGGGAGGAGAGCCAGUCUUCCUUUGCAACUGUCGUCCAAAUUUGAGGUGCUUGUUCUAGGGAUCAAGUCCACUGGUUUGGCUUAGGUUCACUGUCCUGAAUUGCAAUAAAGCAAGAGUUGAAUCAAA